GAGAAGGCGUGGCGCAAGCUGACGACGCUUUGUACUAGUAGCUCGAAGACAAUUGAGGGUGUUUUCAUGACUGUAAAGUUCUUUGAGAAAAGAGAAAAAGCAGGAAAUCAACAUAGUGUCCCAUGUUUACUACAAAAUAAGAAGCCUUGGAAUAGUGAACACAUGUUAUAGCACAGAAUGGCCGCCACUGCUGUACGCACCCCUCCGCGCACCUCACCCCUGGCCGACCUUUCCUCAGGACAGUGCACCUCCCGGACUGCCAGCUCUCCUCAUGAUGUCUACCAAACCAGGAGGACCAAGGCUGUCCACAAACACACCUUGUUUGGCUCAGGUCUGCAAAAGCUGGACGAAGGUGACCUGAAACAACUCAGUCAGAUUGAUGUGAGCAAGUUAAACGCUGAUAGGCAGCAACUGAGACCAGGUCUCGAGCGAUACAAACAGGAACUUGAUGAAACCAAACUUGCUCAACUAAAGGCUUACACGGAUUUAAGGACUGCUCGGGAAAAGGCCGUGUGUUUCGAACCCGCUGGCAGAAAGCCUAGUAUGCCCCUCUUACCAAGCCAGGGGUGUACAUCUGUUCGACCCCACCAAUGGUAUAAACCGGAUGAUCUUCACCAUGCCAGCGAGAUUAACAGAAUAGGGCUUAAUUCUCGUCAAAGUUAUAACUACGACAGGUACCGCACCAGACCACCCGUACAUAAGUACGCUCUUGUUGGGGACAUUAUGCGACCGGGGAUGGAUUUUACAGGACGGAAUGACGAGGAGUCGGCUAAAUCUUCCAUGAAGUGGAGCACACAGGCCAAUGCGUCUAGAACCACCAGAAGUCAAACUGCAGCACCAACGUUUUCCAGUCAAAAAUGUGUCGUCGAUCUUCCCGUGAAUAUCAAACAUUUCUUUGGCACCAAAGUCUGUGAUUCUUUACUCUCUGACCAACGUGUUGUGAACGAUACGCUGACCCAACAGAAGCGAGACAAAGAGGCUAUGGCAAGGCCUUCUGGCCGUCACAAUGUCUCACCGAUUGACCCUGGAAUCUGUCCAUCAUACGAGGCUCUCGGCAACAGUUCGCGACAGAACAUUUUCCCAGGGUAUUCCAUUUAUCAUAAGAAAAGCUUGGCCAAAUCUGUGUACACUGAUGACGUCCAUCGACAUCGGGAUCCACCCCCAGAUAAAUAUCGCUACCAGAGAGAUGAACUCAGCACGUGGGCAGAACAUAAUGUCCUGAGGGAACGAAUGAAGAAAUCCUGGGAUCAGUAUCUGGCACAAUUAUCUGGGAAGGCACAGAGCUAGAAAUAAUAUUGACAUAAUCUAACAGGCUGUUUGUAUUUUAGUUUAGCGAAAACUGCACGCCUCUCUUACUUUUGAUCAUGGCAUGAUUGUUAGCUUUUUGUGUUCUUAUUUUUAGUUUAUGCCUGAGUUUUCAUCAACUUAAAAUCGG